AUGUUGGGUAGAGACAGGAGCAGGACGGACAACUCUCGAUGCAAUAAGCGGACGAGAGUUGCAAUUGCUUGCCAGCGAUGCAAAUUCAGGAAACAAAAAUGCGACGGCUCCCAACCCGUGUGUCGUAAAUGCAAGGACGCUGCCGCUGAGUGCACCUACAUCAUUCCAAACAAACCGAUGCCUUUUGGCAAGAAUCAUUACAUUAGCAGCCUUGAAAAAAGAGUGGCCGAGCUCGAAUCGUCCAUCGCCGAGAGCGGAAAACCAUCGUCGCCUAUGGGCACAUCUGCGUCAGCCGGGUCACUCAUAACCCCCCAGGGUGUCACCCAGCUUCACCACCAGCAGAUCAUGUCCAACGUGACGGAAGCGGCCCUGGUGCUUCCCAAUCACAAAGAGCUACAGCCUGCGGACCCUAUUGCUAGGUCUCUGGUAAAGCUAUCAACGAAUAUGAAUGGUGGAUGUCUGGGUGCGUCGACCUUCACGUCUGUUGCACGCAUGCUUGGAAUGCUGGUUGAUGACCUGCAAGAGUCUGGCUCACCGGGGGGCGUGGACUCACCGGCAAGUAAUGUCGGAACGGUGGACACGGUUGGCGUGGAGCUUGGAAGUCUGUCGGAUCAGACAGCAAACCGCCUCCUCGAAGGGUACAUGAAAGAUACAGGCUUGAGGUGGCCUGUUCUCCACUCGACGUGGCUCAGAAAGCUCAACGCCCAGAGAAGCAGCGCAUCAGCCUCCUACAAGCGCUUUAUACUCUAUCUCGUAUACGCUAUCGGGGGACGUACGCUCGAAAGUAUGGGGGAUCGCGGCAGCUAUUCGCCCGGACGACACUACGAGUGCGCAAUGCAGCUGUUCCCUAGCAUCUUGCGGAUCAGAGAUGUCCGCCAGAUCUGCGCGCUCAUACUAAUGGCGAUCUGGGGAAUACGCUCCUCGUCAGGGGGAGACCCGUGGACCUACAGCCGAAUGGCCAUGACGAAAGCCAUCGAUCUCGGCCUUCACAGGCAGCAUCUGGCUUCUAAAGAAGACAUCCUCACGAGUCAGAUGAAGAAAAGAAUAUUCUGGUCAUGCUAUGUAUUUGACCGGAUGUUCUGCAUUCCCAUUGGCCGCCCGUUCGCCAUUGCGGAUGCUGAUAUCGACCUUGAGCUGCCGCUGGACGUGGACGAAGAUUGUGUUGACCGUAAUAUACUGGAAAGGAAGCAAAACCAGACUUCAGGUGGAUCUGAUGAACCGGUCACAUCUUUGUCACUAUUCGUGCACAUCAUCAAGCUGAGAAGAAUCGAGUCAGAAAUCCAAAGAGACAUCUACCGUGUGGACCGACCCGUACAACUAUCCGAAAAGCUAAUCCGUUCUUACCAGGCAAAGCUCGCUUCCUGGAAAGAUCAGAUCCCCGCCGACUUGGGCCCGCAUGAUUACGGGGGCAGUGCUAGUCAACUACACGAGUUCAUGAUAUAUUACAACAAGGCGCUCCGGCUGCUCUUUUACGUAACCUUGUCCGACAAGUACCUGGGCCAGAUUUUUCUAAGCGAGUUUAUGCAGGCGUGUGGCAACUUGGGCCGAUAUUUCAAGAAGCUACAACAAGCCCAAGCGGGAUUAACGAUCAUAACCGCGCAGACCGUCUUCCUCGCUGGACUCAAUCUGAUUUACUGUACACUCAUCGCUUCAAAAUCCAUCAUGGGUUUAUGGACAAUCGACAACAUCAACACAUGCAGCACUGUGCUGUUUGUCAUCGCCGAGAGGGAGCCAUACAGCAAGCGUUACCGUGACAUAUUCGAAACGGUCCGAGAGCACCUUCUUGAUCCAAUAAUCGGUCGCCUGCCUACUCGCUCUCGGCCGAUCAGCUUGGCAUCAGAAAUGAGGUCGACCUCGGGCGAGGGACAUGGUCGUCAGAUAGAACAUCUCACUGACAGACUGCACAGCGAUCAGGACUUGGCAUCUGCUAUUGGAAACGACACGAGAGAACAUGAGGAAGCAGCAGAUGAAUUCCUGCGGAGCGGAGACUGGCCCAUCGACAAUCGGUUGCUCACAAUGGCAUCGACGUCUGAUGGUGAAGGUUUUCGGCAAUCUACUGAAGAUCAACUGCCAAACUAUUUGGGCUCCCUUGAGACGUUGAUGGAAGAUGCGGGCAAUGGAGUCGAAAAUCAGAAUAUGUGGUUUCCAUUCAAUACAUUUGAUCAACAAGAACAUAGUUAUCUGCUGGGUGGUUGGGAUAAUCUGUGA